CAGGGAGGAUGUAUGUCACAAGUGUUUUUUUUUUCUUAAAUUGAAACCACACGAACUUCCUUUUCUACCUUCCUUGGGUUGUAAUUUGCGCGUCAAGAGACAGUCAGAGGAGUUGACAGCAAUGAUGUAUAUAUUAUACACAUUGGUUUGAGAAAGAGAGGCGCGAACAUGUAGCCUAGGCGUUGUGUUGAUAAAGGUUGAAACAUUUAUCCAGGAUGAACCGUUCCAGUAAAUUGUCAUCUGAAAAACAGAAGAAAACCUGGAUGAAAUACGCAGUGCUAUGCUGACAACAAGAUGCAACUCGAGACCGGUGAGCGCAGUGGGAGAAACCAGAAUUGAAACCUGCGGUGCUUCAGUGAAGCCAUCUUGUCUGAAGAGGAUCACUGUAACGCAGACGGAGGGAGUCAGGAAGCAGGUGCAGUCGCCCCCCCCCGCCCCCCACCUCAUCUGAUGGAGAGGCCGUCUUCUACAACCAGGCGCCAGGCCUGGUUCCAGACCGGUCGCCAGUGGCCCACCCUGAAAGAACAAGAUCCACAGGGACCUCCAUCCACCCACCCGUCUGUUCCACACCAGUCUGCAUCAGAGGACGAUGUCUUCUCAGAUGGAUGCUCAGCAGGAAAGAUUGAGAGCUGGCUGCUGGGCUGUGGGCUGGAGACGGACUCAGAAAACUCCAGACAUAAUCUGACUGUUGAGUCUCUGCUGAAAUCGAAAAGUUUUGAAGAUGACCUGAGUCUGGGGGCUGAGGCUACAGUAUUAAAUGUUGAGGAAGGAGUCUCAGAACUGAGCAGCUGCCCACUGCUGUUUCCGCCACCCAAACAUCCUCACAGAGGAGUCACCACCAGUACUCCCCACCAGAGGCUGGCUCUGUCCCUUCUCCACCUGGGUCACAGUCUGGCCUCCAGUGGGCUCUCCAAAAGCACCAGUAAAGCCUCGAGUGUGUCGGAGGCCCUGCAGAUGUGUGCGGAGGAUGCAGAGGAGACUCUGUACCAGUUAGGGUUUGGUUGUGAUGAGCCUGAGGUCACGGCCCGUAUACCUAUCCGCUUCAUCAACUUCCCCUCCCAUGCCCACGGCAUCAACCUCCGCCUCUUCCUUCAGUCCCAACUGCACCGGCUCCGACAGGAGGACCCAGGACUCUCCCUGGCCAGCCGUUUCAGGCAGGUAGAGGUGCUGACAGCCAUGGCCAACGCCUUCUACUCCCUCUACUCACACGUGUCCCGCACGCCCCUCCAGAAGCUCGCCCCUCCUGACUUCAGCUUCUCCCCCACCGCUGACAGGCAGAUCGGACGGCGCUUCAUGGGAAGUGUCCGCAGCGAACCGAGGUCUCCAGUGGAACGACUCAAGGAUACGGUUUCUAAGAUGUGCCUGUAUACUGGCUCUGGGGCCUCUGCCCGGCUGGGCUCGGACUCUGCCUGCCCCAGACCAGGACUCUCCCCCGGGCCUGGGUCGGCACCCAAGAAGAGAAGCAGCCUUCCUGACUUGGUGGGUCUGGUCCUGGAGAACACCAAGGCAGAGCCUUUAUCCAGAGACAUGGAGGAGGAUAAUCAGGAUACAGGGGACAGUAAUGAGACGAGUGCUGCUGUGGACACGAUGGUGAGAGAUAGAGAGACAGAGACACAGGGACACAUAGACAGGGAGGGGGAGCAGGGGUUGUUUUCAGAUGUACAGGAUAUGGACACUGGGGAUAGUAACAAGACGUGUGCUGUGGGCACACGUAUGUUCAGGGGCAGAGAGACAGAGACACCGGGACAUAGAGACACAGUCAGGGACAAGGAGUUGGAGCACGGAUCGUCAUCAGAUGGGGAUGGAGUUGAUUUAGAGAGGGAGCGACAUUCUGACAGAACACCCAACCUUGGGGCAUCAUCACUUUCAGAAUCGGGUCAUCAAAGAGAGCCCAGUAGUAGGAAGAAGCUGGACUUUGGCCUUACUACUCCAAGACCUACUUGUGAAGUUGGAGAAACUCCAAACACAAUUCAUCCCACAGGCUGGGCAACAGUAGUGGCACCGGUCGCCAAGGUUACCCAUGACAUCACAGGCUGGGCAACAGUAGUGGCACCGGUCGCCAAGGUUACCCAUGACAUCACCCGUCCUCAGAUCGUUGAGUGUGUUCACCAGGCUCCGUACAGCAGUCAACUACAACAGAGGAAUAGUAACACACAGGCGGAGGACAUUUUGUCCUCUGAGAACGUCAGAAGAUCUGACCGAUCCUUCACCACGUCGGACGGACUACACAAACCCAGGGAGGAGGAUUUCUUAACUACCAGUAACGCAGCCAAGAGUUUAGAGGUCACAGUAACUCCCAUGUCUAAGGUGGAGUCUAGUUUGGGAGAAACUGGAACACGGGUUUUGUCAACAUUCGUGUCUAUAGAGCUCCUUAGUUGCAGGAAGUCCCCUUGUCUCAUCACUGUUGUGACACCACCUAGUUCUUUAGACACUGAUGCACCUGAGAUGAUUCUCCCUGCCAGUGGUGGGAGCACAGUGGAGCCUCCAGCAGCCCAGUAUUAUCCAGGUGUAUGGAGGAACAAGAGGUACCUGAGUCCUCUGAAACCAACACCACUCCAAGGGCAGGUCUCCCACACUAUUCAACAGGCCAACUCCUUUGAGCUGGAGGAGGUACAGAGCGCAGGGGAGGAAGACUUCGGACAGCAAGAAACUAUAAGGUCGACAUCUUUGUCCCGGUCCACUGUCAAUCAAAACAAAGGUCUGGUGGUUCGAGGGGACAGCAUGCAAUCAGACAGUAGUGGCUACGCUGAUGAUGACGUCGCCUCCCCUGACAGAGACAAGAGCUGAUGAACAGCACCCUCUGGGAAACGGACUCCGGGAACUAUUAUUUACAUGAGUCACACAAACAUAUUGAGCCACUGAAGGUACAGUCAACAGAUACGGACUGUUAUUGUGAAUGACAUCAUGGAAUCAGGUGGCAUUCUGACCACACCCACUUCGACGUCACACUUCAGAGUUCAACGUUACACUUCAGAGUUCAACGUUGACUUCUGUUGGUUAACACAUUGCCCCGUAGGCAUAUUUAACACACAGAUCAAGUUUCCUAACCUGAUGCGCAGGCAUUGCCUCAACCAACAGUUGUGUGCCAGACAAUGCAAUGUGGUUCACUGACAUGUUUAAAUACUUGUCCAGGCGCUGUAAGAUCUUCAGUGUAAGUCGGACAGGAACUCAACCCUUCGGUUUUGAUUUUGUAGACCGUCUUGUGUCCAGUGUUUCUGUUGACAGUGAUUAAUCCAUGCUAGUGCUGUGCCUUUUGUGAAAGUCGUUAUUUAUGAAUGUUAAAAAUAAAGUGAUUUCAAUAAACAUUUUAUUUGCACUGAAA